AUGUCAGGGGUAAUAACAAGCAUUCUUUCCUCGAUCGUGUCUAUAAUCAUUCCGCUUCAUGUGACACUAGAAACUGUGUAUCUGUCAAAGGAUUCAAACGCAAUGUCAUCGUUUGUCAAAUCCACAUCUAUGUUACAACCACAAACUGAACAAGCUGAAUUAACCACUUUACUUCUAAAAUACUGGGCUUUGCAUGGUAUAAUAUAUCUAUUAAUACCACAGACACCUUUGCAAUUUUUGGUAGGAAUUCUACCAUUUUCGGGUUUGAUAAUAUUCAUUUACAACAUACUAGCAACCGUUGAAUUAUUGGCUAAAUUUACAACAUUUAUAAACGAACAGCAACAAUUCCUAUCGAAUUUCCUUAAGUUCAUAAAUAGUAUGAAUGAUCCAAAGAAAUCCAAAUUAGAACAAUUUACAAGACUAUAUCAGAGUAGUUUUACAAAUUAUUAUAACCAAAAAUACCACACUGAUAUUAGAGAUCAAAAUUUAGUCGAUAGCUUCUUAUUCGGGACUUAUACAGAUUCUGUUAUUGCAUUAUGUAAGAGAUACGCAAAAAUUGCACCACAGACUAAUAUAAUACCAACGUGUUUUGAUUUUAUUAUUGUGAAUAUAAUAAAUUUCAAAAACUUUGUUUUGUCUAAUUAUAACUUUGCAGAAGAGCAUUCAAAUAUGAAUACAGGUACUAGUAAUACUACACCGAAUAAAUCAUCAUCAUCAUUUGGGAACGAAAAAACAACGGGUAGAAGCUCAGGAACCAAUUUUCAUCCGGGGUCAUUUGAAAGCACAAAUAACAGUAACUACGACACCCCAUAUGAGGAAUAUAAUAUUAUUAACGAUCUACUGAAUGAGGCCAAAAAACUGUUUAACCCACCCACGCAACGACCCCAUCCAGAGGCAGAUGAUGAUCUUGAUGAGCCAAAUAUGCCUAGUUUAGAUUAA